UUUAAUAUUACAUAUGUUUGUUUUGGUGUGAUGGUAAUCCAGGAACUAAAAAUCAAACGUCUUGUACAGGGAAUGCGAGGUCACGUAGCUGGUUGAAUGAGUCCGUCGGGUAUUCAGCUGAACAAGGCCGCUGUUGUCGCCAUACUGGUCGUGUGCGGAGGACUGGCCCUGUUUUACCGCUUCUACUGGCAUACAACAUCACCUUCAUUGGAUAAAAAAAUGGAACCAAAGGGCUGGUUCACCACGAUGAAGGCGGUCCCCGACCAAAUCAAAGAGGCAGCAAAGAAGGCCGUGGUGGAGAAGAAAAUAAUCGACUUGACAUUUGAUGGCCAGGAGAUGAAAAUCUGUACACGAGAACCUCUGCUAAAGGAGAAAUCACGUGGCGACGUUCUGCUGUUACACGGCCAGAUGUUUACGUCUGAGACCUGGGAAAAAAGCUGUCCUAGCCUACAGUUUCUGGGGGCCGCGGGGUAUCGGGCAGUGGCAGUAGAUCUUCCAAACUAUGGUGAGAGUUCCAAAAUUGAGCUGACCGAUGAGAAGAGGGGGCCAUUUAUUGGUGCUCUAAUCACAGCACUGAAGCUGACGAAGCCGGUUAUAAUAAGCCCGUCUAUGAGCGGAAGCUUUUCUCUGCCCUUCUUGUUUGACGAGCCUGACACAACCCCUCUCAGGGCCCGGGGAUUUGUACCAGUGGCACCGGUACAGACAGACAAAUAUACGUCACAACUAAGUAUAUCAAAGAUUCCUACGGCCAUAGUGACGGGGGACAAAGACAAAACAAUCGGACCCUCGGCACGGAGGAGACUGGCAGCCCUGGCCAACUCUUAUGAUUUUCUUUUGAAGGAUGCCAAGCAUCCCGCCUAUCUAGACGACCCCGAUAAGUGGCAUGCUAUUCUUUUCACAUUUCUGAACACAGUGUUCAAUUAAAUGGCGAUCACGUGAUCCGACCUUAAUGUUCAGCACUACAUUCACGUUGGGUGGCAUUAUGACAUCACGUGAUAUAAACCAAGCAUUGUGAUGGGACCAAAUCAUUGAACUAAAGUCAACGAAAACAAGUGAUCCUUAACAAAUCCUUAACAAUUAUCAUAGACAUAAAUUAUGUGAUAUAACACAAACAUUGUUACCAUUAGGUUAGUGAUCCAAAAUAGAUCUUGUGGUCAUUUGACCAAAUAAUCCAAAACAAUUUUGCGGUCAUGAGACCACGUGAUCUAAACCAAAUCUUACGGUCAUGAGAUCACGUGAUC